UCGGGCGAAAACAAACCAUAACAUUCGGGCUGUAAACAAGGAGUUUCCGCAGCGUAUGGAAUAAAAAGCACUUUCUUUCAACUGUUCUACCGAUACGCUAUGGCCGUUAAUAUGUACGGUCCGAUGCAAAACCACCCACCACCGAAUCCGAAUCCGAUUGAUCUUAUGGCCAUCAAGGACAUCUAUCCGGGGAUGAAAAAUAUCAAUGUGAUUUUCAUCAUACUCGAGAUUGGGCCGGUGACGCUAACGAAAGAGAAUCGCGAAGUACGCACGUUUAAAGUGGCCGACCAGAGUGCUGCUAUUAACGUGUCCAUUUGGGACGAGCCGGGCAAACAACUGCUGCCGGGCGAUAUUGUACGUUUGACCAAAGGGUACGCAAACGUUUGGCGGCAAUCGCUUACACUUUAUUCUGGCAAAAACGGCGAGAUAGUACGACUUGGUGAUUUUUGCUAUACCUUCAACGAGAUGGUGAACAUGAGCGAACCGAACCCCAAUCUGAGCGCUUCGAUACCGCAACCCGUCCUCAACAAUGGUUCGGGCGGAGGACCAAACGGUGGAAAUAGCAACAACGGCACAGGAAAAGCUAUGGGAACACCCAAACCGGUUCCUAACACUAAUCCCCUACUUUCGGCUGGUGGUGGAGUACCGCCGAAGCCACAUGCCGCUACGACACGCUACUCGGUAGCCGUGGCGGCAGCAGCAGCAGCUGCUUCGCCACCCAACAUCAUGAAACCAGCGCAGAAGAACUCCCCCCGAACCGGUCGUAACAGUCAAGCAAAAAGUACGGGAGUAAAAGGCGAACGCAGAUAACAGUUAGCAGAUGCGCUUUGUGCAUCCACUACUGUCAGCGAUAGUUUUAUUUUAUCUUCUAGCAAUGUAAUGUAAUGCCACUGGAUUCAUGUUUCACAUUUUCGGCGCACUGCUGCUAGGAAUCCAUUCAUUAACGGCCACUGUACAAUCAACGGCAUAACAUUCCUGUGUGGAAAAUGUUUACUAACGAGCAAACAUGCUUUGGGUGUUGUGUGGCAAAAAUAAAUCGAAAUCAGCGUUUCCUCUCUAUUACUGGA